GCUGUGCCCCGCAGAGGCUCUGGGCUCUUCCUCGGGCGGGUCCCUAGCUUCAGCCUCAGCGGGGCAGGUGCCUUUUGGGGUCGCUCUGCCCGCUUCGCUUCCCUGGGCGCGGCUGCGGUAAGGUGGCUGUCCUGGCUUCUUCUCCUUGUGUGCGGCUCCUCUCGGCUUGAAGUGUGGACAGCUGGCUGUAAGCACGGUGCUGGUCACGCGUCUCGCUUCAGGGUUGCUUCCUGAGUGGAAUAUUCUAGACCAGAUCCUUUGUCACCCCGUGGUCUACAAAUACAGUGUUGACCUGUCCUUCGAGUUAGUGUUUCCUAAGCUUCUCUUGGCUCCUAUUUACUGUAGUCUUAGUGUCUUUUGCAGAUAAAAACAUUCUCUAUUAUUUUAUCAGGUAACGGGAAUCAGUUCUGGAUUUCCAUAUAGAGAAACAUCUGGAUUACAGUCAUGGCUUCAAGACAACCAGAUAUUCCUGUACAGAGAUAAUCCAGUUUGAUGUGUCCAAGAUGCAUCCCACUGUGAAAGCUGCCAUCUUUGUUCUUAGCUAUUGAGCAUGGCUCUGGAGGGCUUCUAGGAAAGAUGUCCCUGCCUAUUGGAAUGCAUCGUCGGGCAUUCAGUUAUGAUGAUGCCCUGGAGGAUACAGCACCGAUGACUCCUCCUCCUUCAGAUAUGUGCUCCAAUGUCCUGUGGAAACAACCGGUCAUCCCAGAGCGCAAGUACCAGGAGCUUUCAAAGGUUGAGGAAGGGGAGACUAGCAUGUAUCCACCUGUCAUAAUCCCCUCAUCGUCCACUGAAAGUGUGAACAAGGUCCCAGUUGUGAAGGCCAAGGCCACUCAUAUCAUCAUGAAUUCUCUCAUUACAAAGCAGACUCAGGAGAGCAUUCAGCGCUUUGAACAGCAGGCAGGGCUGAGAGAUGCUGGAUACACUCCCCACAAGGGCCUCACUGCUGAGGAGACAAAGUACCACCGUGUGGCUGAGGCACUCCAUAAGUUAAAGAUGCAAAGUGGAGAGAUGGCCAAAGAAGACAAACAGACAUCUUCCACUCAAUCCACUCCAAACACCACCCCCCACUCUUCUCCCCAACAGAAACACAGGGGUUGGUUUAGUCAGGGACCCUCCAGUUCUAUCACUGGCUCAGACUUGGUCUCCAGGGAUUCUGAUGGUGGGGAUAGAGACAGAAUAUCCUCUGAAAAAUGGAGCCUUUUUGGACCCAGAGCUGUCCAGAAAUCCACUAAUGACCCAGGGGCCUUUACCGUCCAGUCCUAUAAGGGUGCCCAGAAGCCAUCCCCAAUGGAGCUGAUCCGUGCCCAGGCCACCAGGAUGGCAGAGGACCCAGCUACCUUCAAACCACCCAAGAUGGACAUUCCUGUUAUGGAGGGGAAGAAACAGUCGGCACGGUCCCAUAACCUCAAACCCCGGGAUAUGAAUGUGCUCACUCCCACGGGAUUCUAGGAAUAUCGUUGCCUCCAAGGAAGGAUGCUCUUGGUGUCUUCAUAAUGGAUUAAAGGGUGGUUUCGGGUAUGCUUCCCCAUCCCACUCUCCUGCACAGUUACCUAGGAAAGUCUGUCUUUCUUCCAUGUCAGAGCACCGAGGAGACAGAAACAAGAUCUGGAAAACAACCGUCACUACUUCUGUAGUGCAGCCUGAAUCUCCUGCUUUUUUAGAAAGUUUCUGUAAUAGCACCAAGUCCAUAUAAACCGACCUGUAUCGGCUGCAGUCCUAUUUCUCUGUACAGCAAGAGAGUCCACUGGGAGAUGUGUGCUGCUCUAAAACCUGAAAAUCACACCUUGUUGGGAGACCUCUUCCUGAGCAUCUUGCUGUGCUGAGUGGGCUGUCCUGCCCAGCUAUGUUCUAGGCUUCUACUUCUCCUCAGCUCAGGGCCCUGGACAAGUUGCCAGAAGGACAACAUGCUUCUCUGUAGGAUAUAGACAACACCAGCAGCUGGUGGUCUUGUGCUAGAGACCAAAACCCUCCAGCCAAGCCUGUCAAGAACUGGAGCAUUCACUGAAGUUCUCUAUCAAGAUUCCCUUACAUAACCAUGUGGCUCCCCUGCUCUGCAAUGUCGGUUUAUAGUAGUUCCACAUCUAGUGUUUUUCUUUGUGGGUUUCUUUGUUAAAAGGGUAAUUGGUCCAUGAACAGUGACCAUUCUAAAGAUCAGCCCUUAGUGUUAAAUUCUGCUGUGCGGUUCUGUACUGGUGCUUGGUGGCAGGGGGGAAACCUUUACUUCUGCUGUCAAAGGGCUUCAUUUUCCAGAGGGCCCAGAGGAGGAAAUGACCAGAGCUAGUGUGGCUUGAACUAAACCCUUCAUUCUCUUCUCAGAUCUUUGCAUGGUAACACCAUUCUGCUGCUUUCAGUGGGGAGCACAAAUGGAACGACAGUUGAUGUGGCACUGUGUCUCAGAGCUCUAGUUGUGUAUGUGGAGGGGAUGUAACAGUUAGAGAAAGGGACGUGGACAAUCCUUUUUCGGUAGGAUCUUUAUUUCUCAACAUCAGAUUUAUGCUUGCAGGCAUUGAGGGGGACUAAGGGAGAAUUUAAUCUUAAACAUUCCUCCUGUGCUCUGGUAAGACUUAAUAUUUUUCUUAGCCUAGAUUUAUACACAUUCAUGGGAAACAUGCAACACGUACCUUCACGUCUCUUCCUCCACAGAAGUGGGGAAGAAGCUUUUAAGUAGCCUCUAAUUCCCCAAGCAGUGGAAGGAGGCUUAGUGUGAAAUCUCCAUACCUGCCCUGUGGCAAACUGGUCACUCCAGAUUUCUUUAGAUUCCUUGACAGGUAUUGGCCUGAACUUUACCCUUUCCGUAGUCAUCACUGUAGCAGUCAGAUGGCAUGUAAGGCCCAAUCUUGUUGUAGCCAGUGUUAAAAGCCUGUUAUACUGAAAUGUCUUUCCUUGGAGCUCCAAGGAAAGACACGUCCUGCCGCACUGCAGUGCUUAGCUCAUGUCCCCCUCGAGGAAGCAUGGCUUGUAGCACAGCUUCAUUUCAAACUUCAUCACUAAUGGCAACACCAGUCACAUAGGUGUUGCAUUGAUAGCACCAAGGACUCCUACCCUAGUAAUCAUUUGUCAUUAUGGAUUGGAAGUGUGUAUGAUCAGUGGUAAUCAGACUUCUUUGACUUCCAUUAAUUUAUUUGUGCUGUUUGUGCUCAUGUCGUAUUUUUUUAAUGUGCCUAACCUUUACAAGAGAAUAAAAGCCCUUGUGAAUGGA